AUGUAUAUGAUGACAACUAUGAAAUCUUUAAAUUUUCCAUCACCAUCACUUACUGAUAUAUGGCUUCAUAUAAUCCUUACGCUAGUUGUCACUACACUCUGGGUAUAUAUUUAUCGACAUCGUUCUUUUGCAUUUCUUGCUUUAUCUAUGUUUUUUCCAAGUAUAUUUGCUAUAAGCAUUCAAAUAUAUCAUGGUUCAUUCAUUCGUUAUAUUUCAUUUUUAUUAUUUUAUCCGCAAUGGUCAACUUUUUAUUGGUCUAUAUUAAGUAGUUUAUUAGCUAUUAUUACAGUAAUUAUAUGUUGUUUGAUGAAUUAUAUGAUCGGUUGGGGUCAAUUUCGUCAACAAGAAACAUUUCCAGCAAUACAUGAACAUAAUCGUAAUCUUAUCUUUGGAUGGUUACGAGCAUUAGGUGAAGAAAUAGGAUGGCGAUCUUAUUUAUUACCUGGUUUAUUGAUUUAUUUUCAUCCUAUAAUUGCAUUGAAUAUUAGUGGACUUGUAUGGGGAUUAUAUCAUGUACCUGUAAUGAUUCUAUUAUCGUAUCAUUCACAGAGUAAAGUUCAGUAUCCUAUACGAACUAUUAUUGUUCAAUGUUUAUCGUGUUGGAUUUCGGCAUUUGUUUACGGAUGGAUUGGAAUUCAGUGUCAAUUCUCUAUGAUACCACCUACAAUGAUGCAUUUUGUUUGGAAUCGAAUUAAUCCUUUAUUACUAGGUUCGAUUUAUACGAAUACACCAGGAUGGAUGAAUGGUGAACAAUGGAAAAUUAAUGGUGAAGGAUUAAUAGGAUAAAAAUUUGUUUUAAAUCUUAUUGAUUUAAAACGAGUUCCAUCUGUAACUUUAUAUUUUGGACAAUUAUGGCAUCAGAAUAUUGGUCAUGCACUUUUCGAUGGACUCUAUCCAGCCUAUGUUGCACUUAUAAGAUUUUCUCCUAGACAUCUUCAACCAUUUCGAAUUCUUACAGAAAUAAGAAAUUGUAAAGAUUGUUGGAGUGAAGAUGUUUAUAGUCGUUUUUCAGGUUUAGGAAUUAUGAAAAUAGCAGUUUUAGAUGAAAUGUCAAAACAAAAAUGGUUUCUAUUCGAUGAAAUUAUAAUGGGUAGUGGAAAAUUAUGUCAACGUUGUGUACAAUCAAAUUUACAAUUACCUGGUGGUGUUGAAUUAGAUGCAUCAAGACUUUUUCGUGAUAGAAUGUAUCAACAACAUGGUCUUAUUCAAUCAACUAUUCGAAAAAAUUCUUCAUCUGAACAUCGAAAAUCUUCUGAUAUUCUUCAAGCAUAUAUUAUUCAUAAUAAACGUUUUACAACUAAUGAUCGAAUAGAAAUUAAUGAUACAAUGAAUGAACUAAAUAAUUAUACGAAUUUUUAUUUAAAUAAAACUAUUAAGAAAAGAAAAUGGCCAUUAAUUCAUGUUACAUAUCUUCAUUAUAAUAAAAUACAAGGUCAAGAUCCAAACUCAUUUCGAAUCAAUGCAACACCAAUUGAUUCUCGAUCACCAAUAUAUGAAUUAAUUGAUAAUAAUUUUAUGACUCAAUUACGUACAGUACGUCAAAUGGAUAUUCAUAUAACUGGACCAGGUACAGGUCAAAUGUAUCAGACAUUUCUAUCCGAUGGAUCCGUUACAAUUAAUGUUGGAGGAUUAAAAUCAAAAAAUAAAUUUACUUCAUAUAUGGAACAACAUAUGACUAGUGGGACACCGUAUAUUAAAGGUCUUUAUUAUCCAAUUAAUAAACGAUCAAAAGGAAUAAAAAAAGAUGAAUUAAUAAAAUUAAUUCGACAAGCAGGACAACUUAUUUUACAAGGUUUUUCAUUACCAGUUAAUCCUCGAGAAAAUCUAGCACUUGAUGGACAAUUAUUUGUUGAAAUGUGUGAAAAAGAUAAGAAAUUUUGUUCGUUAGUAACAGAUAGAUCACCGAAUAAUACUUUUGCAUGUGUUGAUUUUUGGCCAGAAGAUUUUGUACAUGAACAUAAUCAAUGGAAAAAAGGAGGUUAUAUUCGUAAUGGUCGACGUGUUACUUGUCCAUUUAAUCGUUCAUUAUUUUAUGAAUUAAGAGAAAAAUAUGGAAUUAAAUACAAAGAUCCAGUUGAUUAG